AUGCCCCAACUAAACCCAGAGCCUUGACUAACAACCCUUCUAAUCACAUGAAUUUCCUUCAUCGCCUUCCUUCAACCCAAGAUUACCUCCCCCGCACCUGUAAACGACCCAACUACCCGCAAACCCCCAACCAUUAAAACAUGACCCUGACCGUGAACACAAACCUGUUUGAUCAAUUCCUAA